GGAACAUUGAACAGUCUCUAAUGGAAUCAGUGUAUCCAACUAGUCCAGUCACUGCAAACCCUACUCCUCCACCACAAGUCACUGGAAACUCUUCUCCGUCACAGAUUUUCACAAACUCAGCUUAUGAUCCAUCAUUUGAAAUGCGUGGAUUACCUUUGGAUCCUCAUCUGAGAUUGUUUUUCUUUAACAAUAACCCUGAGCAAGCAGCUGCGUGCAAUAGGAACACACUUUAUGAUCCAUCUUUUGAAGAGCGUGGAUUACCUCUGGAUCCACACUUGAGAUGUUUUGCCCUGGAAUUAGCAAAAAAGAAUGGUGGUGAUGGCGAUAAGCUGGAUUUGAACUGAUGGCAAUGAAUUCACAUUGGCUGGGAGCAUGGAUUCAUAUUUGUGCUUUUUAGUCAUGAAAACUUAGACAAUAUAUUAUGGUAUUUUUAAGAUUUCAA